GGGGCCAGCGGUCCAGUGGCUAGUACGUCGACCUCACAGUGCAGAGGUCGUGGGUUCAAUCCCGGCUCCGACCUUCCUGUCUGGAAUUUGCAUGUUCUCCCCGGGCCUGCGUGGGUUUUCUCCGGGUGCUCCGGUUACCUCCCACAUUCCAAAAACAUGCACGGCCGGUUGAUUGACCACUCAAAAUUGUCCCGUGGUGUGAGAUGAGCAGAUGGUUGUUUGAAGUACCUUUGCUGCAAUGUCAUUUGCAUCACCAGUCAUGCACUCGGGACUCAGCACACCUGCUUUGUGUGGUUUUCGCUUUUUUUUUUUUUUUCCACUCGCAUAAACCUUGGCUUCCUCUCUUUUAGCGACAGAACUAUUAGCCCAAUUGUCUGUGGUGCUUACAUCUGCUGUGUUAUCAGCCAUGUCAUAUGAUUUCAGCCUGAGCUCUCUUCUGGAAAGCGGUCAGUCAGUCACCUUAGACGGCAACUCGACGCUCUUGGAUGGCGUGCUGUUCGGAUAUGACAACGAGAGUGACGAAUCGUACGACGGCAACGAGACGCUCAUCGGCGUGUGCGACCCUAAUGAGGGCCAGCACUUCCAGGCAGUCUUCAGCCCGGUCCUGUACUCGGUGGCCUUCCUCGUGGGCAUUCUGGGUAACGGGUUGCUCUUAGGAAUUCUGACUCGGAGCAGAAAGACGUGGAGCGUGACCGACACCUUCAUUCUGCACCUGGCCGUGGCCGACGUCCUGCAGCUGCUCACGUUGCCUCUGUGGGCCGCGCAGGACGGCCAGAGUUUGGGAUGGACCUUUGGCACGCCUCUCUGCAAGAUCGCCGGUGCUGUUUUCACAAUCAACUGCUACUGUGGGAUCUUCCUUCUGGCAUGCAUCAGCCUGGACCGCUACGUGUCCAUCGUGCACGCCACCCAGGUGUACUCCCGCCGGAAACCCUGGAUCAUCCAGUCCAGCUGCCUGGCCGUCUGGCUCCUCUCACUUCUCCUCGCCGUGCCCAAUUUGAUCUUCCUGGAGGCGGUGGAGAACACAAGGCGACGCAAAACCCAGUGCGUGGCCAACUUCGCCUCCUGGGAGCUCGCCUCCCGCCUCCUCUGCCACAUCGUCGGCUUCCUGCUGCCCUCGCUCGUCCUCGUCUUCUGCUACUCGUGCAUCCUUCGCCGGCUGCGUUGCGGCGCCGGGGGCGUCCAGAAGCAGAAAGCGUUUCGAGUCAUCGCCGCGGUGGUGGCGGUGUUCUUCCUCUGCUGGACGCCGUACAACGUUACUCUCAUGGUGGAGACGUCUUUUUUGGGCAACAAUCGCACCAGUUGUGAAUUCAGAGCGUCGCUGCAGAAGGCCAUGAGCAUCACGCCGAUUGUAGGCAACCUCCAUUGCAGUCUCAAUCCCAUCCUGUAUGCCUUUGUGGGCGUCAAGUUCCGUCGUCAGCUCCUGGACAUCCUGCGGCUGCUCACCUGUAAAUCCGAGACGGGAACCAAAUUCCAGUCGGUGAGCGGCAGGAGAACCUCCAUUUGGUCCGAGUCUACGGAAACCUCCAACUCCCUCGCAAUCUGAAGCGCGUGUUAACAGAGGCGUGCACACAUCAGAACCAAAUCCCUGACAAAAUACAACAACCCUCAAGUGGCUUCCGGAGGCUUUAAGCCAUCGUAAUUUGGGAGCAAAUCUUGAGUGUAUGUAACAUUUUUCUUCUAGCGUCGCUUUGCUUUCCAACAAUCCUGACUCACAUGUCAACAGCAUAUAUUGUCGUGUUAUCAAGUCAGGCACACGUGAGUCCAGCUGUCGUGUUAACGUGGAUAACUUUUAUUCAGCUUUCCCGAAGCGUGUAUUCUCUCUCUAGUCACUCUCUCGUCUCCCGCUCUCGGCGCACACUCAUGACGUAGUCGCCCUGCGACUCUAUCGUCAUGCUGUACACAAUUACACCACAUAUAACGCCAAUAGUAUGUGAUUGUGCCAUUAAAUGUACGCGAAUAAAAUGUAUUCGUACACGU